CCGACUCCAUCAAACUGUUGCCAUUGAGUUCGCUUUUGUUGCUGUCUUUGGGGUCCAUUGGCUUUCGUCAACCGGGAAAAGGAGGCUUAGAGCAGAGGACACAUACGAGUUCGAGAACCCCACCGACACGAAUUACGGGUCCCAUUGCUUUGAAGAGAGUUCACACUUGGACCCCAGAAGUUCGGGCGGGAACAAGAGCAGAAAAAUAUGGGUAGACCGAGACGAACAUCCUCCCUGGGCGAGGACAUCCGGGGUGAUACUUCAGCUCCUGGAAUAUCAACCAUGAGCACAUCCCACGCACAGAGAGCUGCUUCACGAAGUCGACGAAGGGCUUUAUCCAAACCUCGGCCACCAUCGAAAUCCCGAGCUCAGAGCUUUUUCACCUGGUACCGCGAGAUCUCUUACCGCAGGACAUGGAUAAACCCCCUGGUGGCUAUGGCCCUGGUAAUGGGAGCUUAUGGCUUGAACCCCACUCCCGAGAAUCCAUUACAUGCUUGUAUUUUCUUAUCCUAUCCCGAACCUCCGGAUCCGACCUCACAUGCGCCUACAGAGACGCAGUAUGGUAAAGGAAUGAACGACUUUCUCUUUGUUCUAUUUUACACCUUCUUCUUCUCUUUCACUCGUGAGUUCCUCAUGCAGCAGGUCUUGCGGCCGCUAGCGAUCUGGUGUGGUAUCGCCAAGAAGUCCAAAGUUUCCCGCUUCAUGGAGCAGACUUACACCGCAAUCUAUUUCUCUAUCUUCGGCCCAUUCGGGUUAUACGUAAUGUCUAGAACACCAAUCUGGUACUUUAAUACUACAGCAUUCUACGAAAGAUACCCGCACUAUACCCACACAGCCGAUUUCAAAACCUACUACCUCCUCCAAGCUGCAUACUGGUCGCAACAAGCGAUAGUCCUAAUGCUCCAACUUGAGAAGCCGCGCAAGGACUUCAAAGAGUUGGUAUUGCACCACAUCGUGACCCUCUCACUCAUAGGCCUCUCCUACCGUUUCCACUUCACUUGGAUCGGGGUUGCCGUUUUCGUCACCCACGACAUUUCGGACUUCUUCCUCGCAACUUCCAAGACGCUAAAUUACCUCGACCACCCAUUCACAGGUCCAUACUUUGCCUUCUUCAUUCUCGUUUGGAUCUACAUGCGUCACUACAUCAACUUGAAGGUCAUCUGGUCCAUUCUCACGGAAUACGAGACCGUCGGAGUCUGGGAACUCGACUGGGUCACCCAAGUGUACAAAUGUCGCAUCGCACAGGUCAUCACAGGCGGUCUUUUGGGUAGUCUGCAAGCAGUGAAUCUCUUCUGGCUAUGGCUAAUCUUGAAGAUUGCGUGGAGAUAUGCCGUUAGCAACAUUGCCCAGGACGAGCGCAGCGAUGAUGAAGAUGAAGAGGAGGAGAGCAGUGAGAGUGUUGAGGCUGACUCCCCAAAGCCGCAUAUCACCUGUGAAGACGAACAAGAGAUUAAGAAAAAGAUGUAAUAUCAAUACAUACCCACCGGCAAGUUUUUUCCCGAAAAUAGGAAAGAGAGAGGACUUAAAUGACGUUCCCCGUACGAUAUUAACACUGUCCCGAGCAGUGUCCCCAUUACAUUAAUCCCUUUUACUCCUCCACCUUACUCCUCAUCCUCUUUUUUUUUCUUUUUCGGUUUUGUUUUUCUCUCACUGGCAGAACUUAUACUAGCUGGUCACCUGUACGUACUAUUUAAUGAAGGAAGGCCUAAUGGUUAGAGAGAUAUCAUACAUGGGAGAGGGGAAAGGUGCACCACACAGGAUAGGACAAGACAUAAGGUGCGGAUAAUUAUUAGAGAUGAUGCACCGGGUGCUCAAGCUGGCAAAUAUCAAUAUAUAAUAUUAUAGCGA